AUGGUGGGAAAACUCGACAAGAAGCAUGUGCUAAUGAUCGAUAACUAUGACUCGUUCACUUGGAACUUGUACCAAUACCUCUGUCAAUCAGAGCUUUGUGAGAAAGUAGACGUCUUUCGUAACGAUGAAAUAGACAUUGAAACAAUUGAAAACGUCAUUAAGCCAGACAUUUUGUUCAUCUCACCAGGUCCAGGUAACCCAGAGGAUGAUUCAGGUAUUUCCAAGGCCGCUAUCGAGCAUUUUGCCGGGAAAAUCCCUGUUUUCGGUGUCUGCAUGGGCCAACAAUGUAUGGUUGAAGUUUUCGGGGGAAAGGUCACUUUCGCCGGAGAAAUUGUCCACGGAAAGACUUCCACCAUUAAGCAUGAUAACAAGGGUGCCUUUGCUAGUAUUCCCCAGGGAAUUGCCGCCACCAGAUACCACUCUUUGGCAGGCUUGAAGGAGUCUCUUCCAGAAUGCUUAGAAGUGACUGCCACCACUGAACUGGAUCCAAAGGUGAUCAUGGGUGUAAGACACAAGAAGUACACAGUGGAGGGAGUUCAAUUCCAUCCUGAAUCGAUCUUGACUGAGGCGGGCCAUGUCCUCAUCGAGAAUGUCUUGAAGAUGACUGGAGGCACCUGGGAAGAGCACGAAGAAAAGCCGGCUUCUAUUAAGCCCAAGGGAAACAUCUUGACUACCAUCUACAACCAGAGAAUAGAGGACUAUAAGACCAUUGAGGCACUUCCUGGAAAGUCGUUUGCGGACUUGGAGACAUCUUUGAGCCUAGGUGUUGCACCUCCACUCAUCAACUUCUAUGAGCGUCUUAUUGCCACAAAAGAGAAGAAGGAGACGAUAAUAUUGUCUGAAUUCAAGCGUGCCUCGCCAUCCAAGGGUGACAUCAACAUUUCUGCUCAUCCAGGUAAGCAGGCAUUGACUUACGCACAAAAUGGAUGUUCGGCCAUUUCUGUAUUGACAGAACCAAAAUGGUUCAAGGGAUCCUUGGAUGACUUGUCUUUGAUAAGGAAAGUCAUCGACUCUGUUCCUUCCAGACCAGCUGUGUUGAGAAAAGAAUUUGUGUUUAAUAAGUACCAGAUCUUAGAAGCUCGUUUGGCAGGUGCUGACACCGUUCUAUUGAUUGUUAAAAUGUUGCAAGAUUUUGAAUUGUUACAGUCGCUUUAUGAGUACUCCUUAUCUUUGGGUAUGGUACCUUUAGUGGAGGUGAAUGAUGCUGUUGAGUUGAAGUCCGCACUUGCAUUGAAAUACAACAACUCCACUGAGGAUCCACUCAUCAUUGGAGUCAACAACAGAAACCUUGCCACGUUUGAUGUCGAUUUGAACACUACCAGUUCUUUGGUUGAGGCUGCAAAGAACUCUAGAGAUGGCGAUGUGUUGGUCUUGGCCUUGUCUGGAAUUACGUCUGUGGAUGAUGUUAAGAAGUACAAGUACGAGGAUGAUGUCGAUGGCUUUUUGAUCGGUGAGAGUUUGAUGAGAGCUGAGGAGAGAGGUGAAGCUGGCAAGUUCUUGAAUGAGCUUAUCCAUGCGUAA